UCAUACACUCAUCGCAAUUAGAGCCCAACGUUUCCAUCGCAUAUUCCAAGCACCAGAUAUCCCAUAGCAAUCCUCACUCCCUCUCCGGAGCUCGAUUCGAAGGAUAGUUCACUGCGAAGUCCCUUAUCGAUAAACCCACCCAGAUCGGGGAACAUCGAAGCGUCAUCCCGAACGGCAAACGACCUGCACUACCACGACCUCGCAGGCUGUCGCAGCUCCUCAAGCUUCUGAGUCGCACAAUUCCGCCGCCGCCCGCCACGAGCUGGAGAAUGCGCCCCUAGCUGAUCCGCCAAUGUCCCCAAAACGGAAGCACGCAGAGAAAACGACCAACCCGGAGCUCCUUCGUCCAGCGUCACCUGGUUCUUCACCGACGACGAGCAGCAAGCGGCUUAGAUUGGAGCAGGAGGACGAACACGAGCAAUUGGAAAUAAAAACUGCAGUGGCCAUGUAUAGCUUCCCGAGCAAGAAGAAGGCAGACAUCAAGGACCCGGCGACGGCUAGCCCCGCCGGCGCACCGAGGAACGGCUUCAAGGCCGCGCCCACGAUGCAGGCGAACGGCGGACCGAAGCGGAUGCUAGUGAAGAACUUCCGACCCGCGCGGAAAGUCGAUACGCAGGCUUUUCUCAAGCAGACAUGGCAGAACAUCGAGGGGGCGUUGGACACGGUGUUCGCGGGGGGCAAGACGGAUUUCAGUCUCGAGGAACUGUAUCGUGGGGUGGAGAAUCUGUGUCGGCAGGGCAUGGGGAAGGAGACGUGUCAGAUUCUGCUGGAGAAGUGCGAAAAGCAUGUGUUCGGGACUCUUGGAGGGAGGGUGAAGGAGACGAAGGGGUUGAAAGAUGUGGAUGUUUUGAGGGCGACGUUGCAUGCUUGGGCGACGUGGAUGGAGCAGUUGAGAUACAUAGAGUGGAUCUUCUGCUACCUCGACCGUUCUUACCUGCUUCCUGAGCGUAGAUCGCUGCGCGGCCUCGCCAUCGACCUCUUCAAGAAUGGCAUUUUCAGAGACCCAGAACUCGAAAGGCGCAUCAUCGACGGAGCAUGCGAGCUGAUCUCCGUCGACAGGGAGGGAAAGGAUAUGGACAGAGAGACGUUCCAAAAGGCCAUCGACAUGUUCCACCUGCUUGGAGUGUAUACCAAAUAUUUCGAGCCGCGGAUGCUGCAGCUCAGCCAAGAGUACAUCCAUGCGUGGGCUGAGCGGGAAAGUACGCAGCAGGAUUUGGCAACGUAUGUCAAGGAGGCAACCGAGUUGAUGGAGAGAGAGAUGGACAGGGUGCAGAAGUUCAAUCUGGACGGGUCGACUAGGCGUGACCUUUUGACGCUCCUGGAAGAUUUGUUGAUUUCCGGACGUGAAGAUCGACUGACCAACGCUGAUGACAUCGCCGACCUACUCGAGGACAAUUCCAUUGAGGAUCUGAAGCGUCUCUACAGGCUCCUAGAGCGUCGCAAGCGUGGAACGAGUCUUCGUCCGGCAUUCACGAAGUGGAUUGAGGACACUGGUACUGCAAUAGUCUUCGACGAGAAAGAGCAGGAUGACAUGGUUGUCAAGCUGCUUACUCUGAAGCGCCAGCUCGAUCAUAUCUGGAAGGUCUCCUUUAUGCGCAACCAGGAGCUGGGCCACGCUAUGCGCGAAUGUUUCGAAGCCUUCAUGAACAAGACGAAGAAGUCGGCUUCCACUUGGGGAACAGACAACUCGAAACCCGCCGAGAUGAUUGCCAAAUACGUCGAUAAACUACUUCGCGGCGGGGCCAAGGCCAUUCCAGCCAAGUUGAUCCGGAAAACGGCCGAACCCGCUGCACCCGAGGCGGAUGCUGAGGAGGAUAAUGAGGACAUGGCUUUGGAUGAGGAUGCUGAGGUCAAUAAUCAGCUUGACCAGGUGCUCGAUCUGUUCCGCUUCGUGCACGGCAAAGCUACUUUUGAGGCGUUCUACAAGAACGACCUUUCCAGACGACUGUUGAUGGGUAGGAGUGCCAGCGCCGAUGCAGAACGCAGCAUGUUGGCAAGACUCAAGACCGAAUGCGGCGCCGGCUUCACAGCCAACCUCGAGCAAAUGUUCAAAGACGUCGAGCUCUCGCGCGAAGAAAUGUCGUCGUACAAAUCCAUCCUUGAAGAACGCGGCGAGAAACAAGCCCUCGAUCUCAACGUCAACAUCCUCUCGUCUUCGGCAUGGCCCACCUAUCCCACCAUCCCUGUCAUCAUUCCCCCGCACAUCAAAAGCGUCAUUGAUAGAUUCGAAGCACACUACAAGUCGAAGCAUUCGAACCGCAAAUUGGACUGGAAGCAUCAUCUCGCACACUGCCAGGUCAAGGCAAACUUCCCGCAAGGCAGGAAGGAACUUAUCGUCUCGUCGUUCCAGGCGAUUGUGCUGCUGCUCUUCAACGGGGUGAAGCUGGACGAGCAUCUAGAUUACAAUUACAUCAAGGAAGCUACUGGUUUGCCACCCGCGGAACUCAACCGCACACUCCAAUCCCUCGCCUGCGCCAAACUCCGGCCCCUAACCAAACACCCCAAAUCCCGCGACAUCUCCCCGACCGACACCUUCACGCUCAACGCCUCCUUCACCGACCCCAAAUACCGCAUCAAGAUCAACACGGUGCAGCUCAAGGAAACGCAGCAGGAGAACAAGGAGACGCACGAGCGCGUGGCGGCCGACAGGAAUUACGAGACGCAGGCAGCCAUUGUGCGGAUCCUCAAGGCGAGGAAGAAGAUUGGGCACAACGAGUUGGUUGCCGAGACGAUCCGGGUGACCAAGGAGAGGGGCACGCUGGAUGUGGCGGGGAUCAAGCGGAAUAUUGAGAAGUUGAUUGAGAAGGAGUUUUUGGAGAGGGAGGAGGAUGGUGGGUAUAGUUAUGUGGCAUAAGGAAGGGGGAGGGAUGCAUUAUGAAUGGUAUGGGGUGUUGCUUAUGAGGGGGCGUUGUGGGCAUUUUUUUUAUGUAGAGAAGCGGUUUGAAUUGACGGGCGUUGUUGAUUGCAUCGCGGGGUUUCUUGCGGCUUUGGUUGCUGAUGAGUAUGUGAUUUUUGCGGUAGUAUUGGGUAAUAAGAGUCGGCGUGCCAUUCCGUCCCGGAAGUGACAACACCUGUAAGACAUAUAUCUUUCUUCGCGUAGCUAAGCGUCGAAGAAUAGGGCUAGCAUUGACAGGGGAAAUAGAAACAUUAGUA